AUGAACGAGCAGAAUGAGCUUGCAACUGCUUUCUUAUCACAAAUUCACGUCGAGUCAGCUAGAGCUCCUGAGUUUAGUGAAUUAGAUAAUAUUCUAAAUGUUGGGGAUAAUGAAGAAUUAUAUAUUGGAAAAAUGUUUAGCAAUAUCUGUGUUCUAAGACGUGCAGUGAAGUUAUACUCUAUUGGAGUUCAUCAUACAUUUAGGGUUCACUAUUCAUGUAAAAAAUAUGAAGAAUAUCGUUGUAUUAAUUAUGGACAAAAUUGCAAUUGGAGAGUAAGGGCUUGCAAGAAAGAAAGCAGAGACUUUUGGGAGAUCACAAAAUAUGGGGGCCCUCAUACAUGCUUGAGUACAUCAUUAACUCUAGACCAUCCAAAAUUAGAUGCUGAUGUUAUAUCAUCUUGUAUUGUGGCAAUGGUAACUGACAAGCUAGAUGUGAAAGUGUCACAAAUUAUUGAAAUAAUCCAAUCCAUAUUUGGUUACACUGUAUCAUAUAGAAAAGCAUGGAAAGCAAAACAGUUAGCAGUUGCGAUUGCUUUUGGGAAUUGGGAGAUCUCAUAUUCCUUACUCCCAAGGUGGUUAGCUGCAGUUCAAUACUUCAUGCUUGAAUCAUGCAUAUAUUUUUCAAAUAAACAAUUCCCUGAAGUUAGUACAAAUGAUCAACCAGUUGAAAUGUUUCAUCGUGUUUUUUGGGCAUUCAAGCCAUGCAUAGAUGCAUUUUCUCACCUCAAGCCUAUUGUACAAGUUGAUGGAACAUUCUUAUAUGGAAAAUACAAGGGCACGUUACUUAUGGCAGUAUCACAAGAUGGUGACCGAAAUGUUGUACCACUUGCAUUUGCUAUAAUUGAAGGGGAGACAAGAUCUGCUUAG